AUGGCAACCAACAACAUGCACAACCUAACAACUCUCAUCAAGCGGCUCGAAGCUGCCACUGCUAGGCUCGAAGACAUUGCUUCCUCCUCCGUCGAGCUCCCCCAGGCUGUUCCUUCCCUCAACCAGUCCGUCGCCACACCGCCCUCGGCGUCCAAUAAUUCUCUGCCUCCCCCGCCACCGGCGCAAGCUGCUGCUGCCCCUCAAGCACCCCCUGAGCCGGUUCCAGAAUCCGUCGAAGAGUACGAUCAAUUCAUAACCACGUCUGUUGAGAAAUAUGUCAAGAUCAGCAAGCAGCUAGGUGGCCUCAUUGCCGACCAGGCCGCCAAAGUUCUGCAGGGUUUUCACGCCCAGCGUCACUUCCUUCUGAUCACCACCAAGGCCAAAAAGCCCGAUCUGCACGGCGCCGAGAUGGCCGUGUACCAGGAUCUGUUGAAGCCCAUCAACGAAGCUCUGGUCGCUGUCAGCAACGUCAAGGAGUCAAACCGUGACUCCCCCGUCUUCACCCAACUUAGCGCCGUCGCUGAGGGUAUCAUGGUCCUUGCAUGGGUGACGGUCGAGAACCGACCUUACAAGCAUGUCGAGGACUCGUUGGGCUCUGCCCAGUUCUUCGGUAACAGAGUGUUGAAGGAAUCGAAGGACAAGGACGCACAGCAGACCGAAUGGGUCAACGCCUUUUACCGCAUUUUCCGAGAUCUAACCGACUACGUGAAGCAACACUUCCCAAGCGGCAUCCCGUGGAACCCCAAGGGCCAGCCGGCUCAGGAGGUUGCCAAAUCUCUGUCUGUAUCUGCACCAGCCGCCUCAGCUCCACUACCUCCACCUCCCGCAGGCGGUCUGCCUCCUCCGCCUCCGCCCCCGGGCCCUCCUCCGAUGCUUGAAAUCAAGGAGGAAGUUGGCGGAAAAGGCGGUCUGGGCGCAGUCUUCUCCGAACUGAACAAGGGCGAGGCAGUCACCAAGGGUCUUCGCAAAGUCGACAGGUCGGAGAUGACGCACAAGAACCCGUCGCUCCGCGCCAGCUCGACAGUACCUGACCACGACGGCUCCGCGCGCGGCAAGAGCCCGGCGCCUCAAAGGAAGCCCAAGCCAGAAAGCAUGCGCGUUAAGAAACCGCCCAAGAAGGUGCUCGAGGGCAACAAGUGGACUAUCGAAAACUUCGAAAAGGAGCCUGCACCCAUUGAAAUCGACGCCUCCAUCUCCCACUCCGUCCUGAUCAGCAGAUGCAACAACACCACCAUCAUUGUCAAGGGCAAGGCCAACGCGGUUACUAUCGAGAACUCUACGCGCCUAUCCCUUAUCGUGGAGUCUCUUGUGUCCACGGUAGACGUGAUCAAGUCCCAGAACUUUGCGUUGCAAGUAUUGGGCGCUGUGCCUGCUGUUUUGAUGGAUUCGAUCGAUGGCGCGCAGAUCUACUUCAGUAAGGAGAGUACGGGCACCAAGAUUUACUCCAGCAAGUCUUCUGGUAUUAAUCUUAACGUCAUUUCGAGCGAGGACGAGGAUUACAAGGAGGUGCCCUUGCCGUCUCAGAUCUGCUCAUAUUACGACGAGAGCAAGCGUGAUUUAGUGAACGAGAUUGUGUCGCACUCUGGUUAA